UAGAUGGGACAUAUGUCCAGAACAUGAGCCUUUGUUAAUUCCUUAGCUAGAAUUCAUGUUCUGUUUUUUGCACUGUUUAAGAGGUCACAGGCAGCUGCUCUCUGUGAAUGGGCCUGGGGUCUGUCGUUAUGGAUCUAUGUCUGAUUGCUGCUAUGGCUGGAAAAGAAAUCACAAACAGCACUGUGAAGCUAUCUGUGUAGAUAGAUGCAAAUAUGGUGAAUGUGUGUUGCCAGAUACAUGUAAAUGUUACCCUGGAUACACAGGGAAAACCUGCAACCAAGAUAUCAAUGAAUGUGGAUUAAAGCCACAUGUUUGCGAACACAGAUGCAUGAACACUCAUGGAAGCAACAAAUGCUAUUGUUUAAAUAGGUACAUGCUCAUGCCAGAUGGCACCUGUUCCAAUUCCAGAACAUGCACCAUGGUGAAUUGUCAAUAUGGUUGUGAAGAAGUGAAAGAUGAUGUGCGAUGCUUGUGUCCGUUAAGUGGACUUCAGUUAGCACCAAAUGAAAAAACCUGCAUAGAUAUUGAUGAAUGUGCCACUGGCAGAGCAGUUUGCUCUUUCAAUCGAAGAUGUAUCAACACAUUUGGAAGUUUUUAUUGCAAAUACCAGAUUGGAUAUAAACUGAAACACCUGAAUGGCAGAUAUGACUGUGUAGAUAUAAAUGAAUGUAUAGCAAGUACACCAAAAUGUAACUUACAUGCAGAAUGCCUGAACAUUCAAGGUUCCUUCAAGUGUAAAUGUAAACUGGGCUAUAGAGGCAAUGGUUUUGAAUGCUCAGUUGCUCAUGAAAAUUCUGUGAAAGCAAUUCACAGAAUGCCUGGCAUUAUCAAAGAGAAAUGGAAGAAACUGCUUCUUCCCAAGAAAAAUGCAAAAAAGCAUGAUGACAUAAAAAAUACAAUCCCAGCAUCUAAAGCUCAUGUGAGUCCUUUAGACUAUGAAGAUGACUUGUAUUUGGAAGGUGCCUUCAGUAAAUGGGGGGAAAGCACUGAAGACAUCAGAAAAGACAGAAAAACAAUAGAACAAGAAAGUGUUGAAGAAGAAGAAGGAGAAAUUGAACAUCUCAAAAACCAGACUGUCCAUGAAAAGAAACUCAGGGGAGAUGUAUUUUACAAAGAAGCUGCUGUUUUUGGUCCUAACAGCAUACAAAAAAAUUCCAGGCUUAAAAGAAAAUUGUUUCUGGACAUCACAGUUGUAGACUGCAGCUUUGGUCGAGGUUCUUGUGCUUGGCAACAAGAUGCAAUCGACUUUGACUGGAAUCCUGCAGAUCAUGAAUUUGGUGAUGGAUAUUAUAUGACAGUUCCAGCCUUCAUAGGUCACAAGGGAGAUGUUGGGCGCAUGAAACUUCUUCUUACCUAUCUGGAGCCAAAGAGCAUUUCUUGUUUGAUUUUUAGUUAUCGACUUGCAGGAGAAAGGGUGGAACAAAGUAUGGGAAAUGAUGAACGAUGGUGGAUUGGACAGAUUGAAGUACACACAGGGGCUGAAACAGCUAUAAAUAUCACUUUUGAGGCAGAACGUGGGAAAGGUAAAACUGGAGAAACUGCAGUUGAUGCCAUUCUACUAUUUUCUAAUUUAUGUUCUGAAGACCUCGUAAUGUUGGAUAUCUAAACAGAUUGUUUUAAUUUCUAUUAUAUUAUAUAUAAUAUUAUUUUAAAAUCUCAGACAGAGAUUUUAUAAUGCUGUAACCUAGAUAAAAUGUAGAUCUGGAAACUGCAUCUUUAACUGUGAUACAGAUUUUUUUUAAAUGAUAGAUUUAGAUGUUUCUGGUUAGUUUAUGUGUACCUAAACAUAUUACAUUUUCUACUAUGUGUAAACUAUACUAUGUAACUUCUUGUUGUGUUAUACAAAAAAAAAAGAUGUCUAAUGGUUUUACAAGAGUAAUCUGUGCUUAAAAUCCAUUUAAGAUAAAUUUUGCUUUAUUUGAAUGUUCCCUAUCUUUUCCUAUAAUAUUGUGAUGUUUUAGAACACAGUGAAAAAUGAAAGGCCUUUGGCAAAGUUUAACUUGACACUUAUUUUAUGGCCUUGAACUAUUUUAUAAAAUAUAGUUGCUGAAACCUGAUGGCAUGGUUUCCUGACAUUCUGAAGAACAAAUCAUACAAAGUAUGAUAAAAGUUCUAACAUAAAUUUCUAACAACAGCAACAAACAAAAAAAACCAGAAUGACCCUACCUUCAA